AUGAUCGGUCAAUACAACCAAACCAUCGGUUCCGCCAAACAAGCCGUCGGCGCCGCCAUCGGCAACGAAGACCUCCGCAAAGCCGGUGAGCGCCAAAAUGCAGAGGGAGAACAGCAAGAGGCGCAUAAACAGGCGCAAAAAUGGGGCGAAGGAGCCGGGGACCGCGUAAAGGGCAAAGUUGGCGAGUUCCUCUCUGGACCUGGGUUCGGUGGUAGCGAGCAGGAGCGAAUGGACGCUGAGGCUGAGCGAAGGAAGUAUACGCAGAUGCAUGAGGAGGGGAAAUUUCAGCAGAAGGAAGCUGAGCAGGGCAUUCAAAAUCGAUGGGGCGAUGAUGAUAAGAGCGAGGAGAAGAAUUAUUGGGAGAGUUUCUUGCUUCCCUGA